GGCGGGGCGAUGCCGGGAGGCGGAGGCGGCGGCGGCGGCGGCGGCCCGGGCCGGGGCCCGUGACCAUGGGCAUCGCCGAGUCCACGCCGGACGAGCUGCCGUCGGACGCGGAGGAGCAGCUGCGCAGCGGCGAGCAGCAGCUGGAGCUGAGCGGGAGGCGGCUGCGGCGGCUGCCCAGCGCCGUGUGCGCGCUGAGCCGCCUGCAGAAGCUCUACGUGAGCGGCACGGGGCUGCGCGAGCUGCCCGAGGAGAUCGAGGAGCUGCGCGAGCUGCGCAUCCUGGCGCUCGACUUCAACAAGCUCGAGCGCCUGCCCGACGGCCUGUGUCGCCUGCCGCGCCUCACGCGCCUCUACCUGGGCGGCAACCGGCUGCUGGCUCUGCCCGCGGACUUCGCGCAGCUGCAGAGCCUGCGCUGCCUCUGGAUCGAGGGCAACUUCCUGCGGCGCUUCCCGCGGCCGCUGCUGCGCCUGGUGGCGCUGCAGUCGCUGCAGAUGGGCGACAACCGGCUGCGCGCGCUGCCCGCCGAGCUGCCGCGCAUGACGGGCCUGCGCGGCCUGUGGCUUUACGGUAACCGCUUCGAGGAGUUCCCGCCCGCGCUGCUGCGCAUGGGCCGCCUGCACAUCCUCGACCUGGACCGCAACCGCCUGGGCGGCUUCCCCGACCUGCACCCGCUGCGCGCCCUGCGUGUCUUCUCCUACGACCACAACCCGGUCACUGGGCCCCCGCGCGUCGCCGACACCGUCUUCCUCGUGGGCGAGGGCGCCGUCGAGCGCAUGGCAGAGCGCGACGAGCCCAUACCUCGGCCGCUGCCCCGGCGCCCAGCUCGGGCCUUUGAGGAUGAGGAGGAAGAGGACCUACUCAUUGGGGGCGGUGGCUCCCGGGCUCUGGGGGCCCCCCGGGGCAGCCUCCCCGCCCUGGAAGCCGCUCCAGGACUGGGCACCUGAGCCUAUGCUCUGGGUGAUGGACUUGGGCCAUUCAGGGAGGAGGGGCUCUGGGAAGGUCUGUGGGAACGGCAGACCCCUACCUUGGGGCAGUGAAGGGGGCACUUUGGGCGAGCUAUAGGGACAGGCAGGCCUGGGGGCCAUCUUCGCAGCCUGCCACCUGGCUGCCUGCCACCUGGCUGAUCUCUGGGCAGUCCUCAGACUGGGAAGCCUGGCUCGGUCUAGUCGCCUCAGGCUCUGUCUAGUCUGAUAGCGUCGCUGACAGCACAGCGGAGAUGCUGGUCAGUGCUGUCCACGGCAUCACCACCUCUGGCUGAGUCUGGGUGCCCAGCGUGCCACACCAGCCCUCCCUCUCCUGGAGUUUCGAUCUCCUAAAGCCACCCUUCCUGGUGCAGGAGCCGCUACCUCUGGGGUGGACCACAGGCCUGUGUGAGCCCGAGCUGCCCUUGAAGGAGGGGUGGGCCCCGCGCCAGUGCCCAGGACAGAACUUGUGCCUGGAAUCUCGCUGGGAGCAGAGAGCUCUCUCUCCCUUCCCCAAAGCCUGAGCCUUCCAGCUGUCAAGUUUGAGAAGAAUCCACUGUGCCUCUAGGGCCUCCUGCGAGGAGGAGAGAGGAUCUCUGCUCUGGGAGGCUGCUCCGGGGCCUCUCCCACUGCCUGCACUCUCCAUUCCCUUAAAUGGGCACAGUCAGAGUGGCUGGCACGGCGUGGGGCACGGGACAAGCACUGUGUGCCUCCACUCCGUCACCAGGGACAGCCUUAGGGGGUGAGGAGUGGGGUGCCGCUCUACAAUUCCCAGGGCCAGAUCUUUCCCAUCCAAGCAAUAACGGAAGGUGGGGGCCAGGGCGGCGGACACUCAGGGACACCAUCAGGGGCAGGGGCCCCACGUGGUAGUGUUUUCUUUAGGAAGAAAAAAAAAAAAAACUGGCUGUA